UGUCACCCAAUGCGGUUCGACGUGACCCCUAGCGAGCGAAUCCCUCUUCAUUGAUUGAGCAGAUUAGCUUGUGUCAACAUGGCAGCUGAGUUCGCAGCUACCUACAAGAUUUUGGUCCUAGGUGAUAGCAAUGUGGGGAAAACCUGCAUUGUUCACCGCUUUUGCGACGAAAGAUACUACGACACUUAUAUUUCCACAAUAGGCAUCGACUUCAAACAGAAAAUUAUUAAUCUGGAUGGAAUGCCGAUAAAGUUACAGAUAUGGGAUACAGCUGGCCAAGAAAGAUUUCGAACUUUAACAACCGCUUAUUACCGAGGAGCAAUGGGGAUACUCGUUAUGUACGAUGUAACGAACAUGGAUUCCUUUAAUCAUCUGACUUAUUGGUUCAGGAAUGUUGAAGAAAAUGCAUCUCAGGAUGUCGUCAAAGUACUAGUUGGCAACAAAUGUGACGCUACGCAUAUGAGAGUUGUCGAUUACGAAAAAGGGCAAAAGAUGGCUGAAACGUUUGACAUUCCAUUCUUUGAAUGCAGUUGUAAGAACAAUGAAAAUAUUCAUGAAGCGUUUAUUGAACUUGCAAGAAAGAUACGAGAGCAACGUGAAAUACGUGCCAGCAAGUUCGAUGAGAUGGAAAGACUUCAAUGGGAGAAGGCCGAUUUGAAUCAAAACAAACAGAUAACAACAGGAGCUUAUCGUUGCGGCUGCUAGGUUCCUAUGCGUACUCUACAAUGGGACUGAAAUCAUAACCAAUAAAGAGAGAGAAAUAGAAGCGCACAUCUAGACGAAACAGGAAUUGCCAAGCUCAAAAAUGAGCAAUUUCAAACUGGAGAUUUUCUCAAACUUCAAACUUUAUUACGAUGUAUUUAUAAAUUUAUUAUAUAUUUAGGAUUACCGGUGGCACUUGUUUUGUUGAAAAGGGAAUGAUUUUCAUAGAUUUAAAGCUUAUUUCCCUGAUUGGAUUCCAGAACAAAAAAUAAUUUCAUGCCUAGAAUAAUUACUCGCUUAAUAUUGAGAGAAUCUUUUCUUUCAGUAAAAUGUUUUUGUACGGUUAAAGAAAAUAUUUGUUUCUUCGUUGACAUUUACGAAUUUUAUAUUCUUAAAUUAGAAGUUUUAUAGCAUCCUAAGUUAUUAGUUUAAUUGGAUCAGCAAUUAAAUCGAAAAAUGUAGCACUUUUUAUUUUAAAAUACAUUUAAAAGUUUGAAAUAAUAUGCUUGAAAUUCUUAAUGUGAUAUAUAAUUUUAUAAGGUUUCUGAAUUUUAAAUAUUCGUAUAUAAAAAGCCGUAAAGUAUUCUCAACGAAAGAUAUACUCAAUUAACUUGUUGAGUGAGCAAAUUUUUUACUUAAAGAACAAUUUAGCAUGCUAUUAUUCAGAUUUUUUGAACAAUUCAAGUUUGACUACAUUUAGAUUAAAUGCAAAGAAUAAUGUUAAUCUCAAAAUUUAUGUUCAUUAAAAUCUUCAAUUUUAUUUAAUUUCAUGGCAACUGUGAUAAGUCUGUGAUUAUAUAUUUUUAUCUUUUGCAAUGUAUUAUACAUAUAAAAAAAUUAAACAUAUUGUGUAUUCUUGAUGUCAUCAGUAGCAAAGAAAUAACGCUUUCCAAAUAUCCUUGUCUUAUAACUUUUAAACCUUAACUGUUAAAUAGAACAGUUAUAUGUUCAUUAAUAAAAUAUUUAAAAGUUUUCUUGAGAACCUGUAAUACUCUUGCAUUACUUUUACGUAUUUUAAAUACCAAUUUCCUAUAAGAACGAAUUAAAGGCUUCAUAAAUAUAGCGAAAAAUAAAUAAUUUAUCCCAAUUUUUCCUGCAUAAAGUAUUACAAGUAAUAUAACCUUUGCAUGAGAAAGUCUGUGAAUCUUCUUUGGAGAUUGUACUUCAAUGGAGAUUAAAAUUGAUGUUUCCAUAAAUAUUGACACGACUAAUUUGCGUUGUAAUUGAUGAUUUGAGAAUGAAGAUGCAUCAAUAUCAGAAAAGUAAAUUAUUUCCCGUUAAUAAUGACAGGCGUUUUUAUAAUUUUCAGAAAACACAAGCGAAUCAAUCGUUGAAAAUAUUUAACAGUUAAAUGAAAAGUUAAAAAGUAAAAGAUUGAAUCAUAUGAUUUAAUAUCAUAUUUUUUAAAACGUACUAGAAAAUAUAUUCAUCUACACAAUGAUUCCGUUUAAUUUUUGCAUUAAAAAAAAAGAGUUUUUCUUCGUGCUUCCACACUUUUUCAUAGUUAUUCUGCAUAAAGUACAUUACUUUUCUUAUUGGAAGUCUUUUUUGAUAAAUGAGAAUAUUUAAUCAGCUUACUAAGCUUAGGAAGUGACAUUACAUCUAGAACCGCGUAUUUUUUUCAUAUAUUUAUUUUUAUUAACAUUCAAAAUAAAUAUCUAUAAGGGCUAACAGAUAAAAUUCAUGUUAAGCAAAAUGCCAUUAACAUACAUUUAUUUGAAAAACUACAAUUCUCUUUGAAGUGAAAAAUAACUAUUGACUGUUUUCAACCUUUAUUUUGCUGGGGGGAAAAGAGUUAGAGAAACUAUUACUUUCAGCAGCAUAAAAAAAAAGUGAGUGAGAGAAAUUAAUAUUUUCAACAGUUGAACUUUUUUUUCUCAUCACUACAAAUUAUUUCAUUCAUCCUAUAUCAACUUAAAUCCCAGUGUUGAGAAAUGAAGGCUCUUAUAAUUAUUUAACAUAUGAAUUUUCAGAACACUAGAUAUGAAGUAAUAAAAAACAGAUUUCCUUUAAUAUUGAAAAUAAGAAUGAAGAAAUUUCAAAUGAAAUAGAUUUGUGUAUUAAAGACUAUUUCAUUAGAAAGCCAUAAAAAUAUCAUGAUCAGUGCAAUUAAAAAGUUUCAUUUAUAAAAUUACUGAACAAUUCAUAUUUAACAUUUAUUAAAAAAUAAAAAUAUAUUUUAAAAGACAUUUUAGAAUUUCAUUGGAUUUUACUACACGAUAUAAAGGACACACAUAGAGAUCUGUAAUAAAGCCGCACGUUGAGAGUUUGUUCAAAUAUUGUUAUUUGUCGAUAUUACAUAUGUGUUGAAAUGAAAUGAUUGUAAUAGGUGAAGUUCUGCAAUCAUGUAUCAAAUCUGCUGAUUAAUGGUAUUUGUGAUGUAUAAUUUUGCAAAUUUUGAUGAGUAAUGGUGUCGUUUUUUGUAUCUGAAGAAGUAAUGUAUCCUUUUGAGCCUUGUAUAGAGUUAGUUUAUAUGAAAAAAAUUGUGAAAACUUAUGAGUGUGAAUUAAACGUAGUCAAUGUCAGAAAAACAUUCAAACUUCGAAUGUUUCCUAGGUUGAAUAUAUAAGUUCUGU